AUGGCCAAACUGAUUACCAAUCACGAUCCAUAUCACAUUCAUAAGAUUUUGGGAGUCUCUGUCUUGUUGCAUUAUUUGUACAGGUUUGCCUUGCUCUUUCAAUAUGGAACUGCCUUCCCUGCCUUUGAAAGUCCACAAAGAGCGGCUGCGGGUGUCUUUUUACACGCCAUGCUGUCUUGGUCGUCACUCCUCCUGCCACUUCCGAUCAAACGGAAUUUUACCAAGCCCAUGAUUUGGCCUGAAUUUCGAUUGCAUUCCAUUGCGUUUGCGUCUCGGCACAUUGUGACUACCAUUGUUACCUUAUUGGACUGGUGGCCCAAUGAAGAGGCAUCGAUAUUGGCGCAUGCGCUCGCCCGAGGGUUGGUGUUGUGUGGUACCGUCAAAGCAGCUUCCUUUAUUACAGACAAGUGGGGAAACCGGGAACAACGAACCACCAAUUCCAUGCCGUACCCCAGUACCGUCGAUCCUGAAACCGAACGACCCGUGAUUAAAAAGCAGUACAUGCUUUCCCAAUUUGCCGCCACGGCUUCUUGCCUACUUCCCGAUGCUACCCUCAACUUUGCACCUCUGUUGGCCAUUCAAAUGGCUCCCCUCAUGAUGACGUUGGUCCGCAAGGGCAAGGUCACAUCCUUUGAUUAUCAUCGAGUCUAUGCGAUCAGUUUGUAUUUGGGUUAUGUCAUGGUCUUUUUCCGACUCUUGUACCCUGCAGACAGUAUCUUGACCAAAUCGGUCGGAUUGAAGACCAUUUUCAUUAUUUCCUUUCCCAGCUCCAAAUUGCGACGACUCAUGCCAGCCAUUUACGUCUGGGCAAUCAACACUCUACUUUCAACAAUCAUCUACCCCUUGGUGCUGCAGAACGCUAUUGAUUCAAUGAUGUAUAAUGAUCACGCCGCAAGACUUUUGUUUUGGUUUGUGGCCGUGGGUUGUACGUGGCGACAAGUAUUCACAUAUGCUCCUCUCUUUGGCUACUCAAUUCGCUUUCGAAGGAUGGGGUCAUCGUCAAACAAGCCAAAUGGAGCCACCAAAACGGUAGACUAA